UUGCCUCUCAUAGUAUCUCAGGCUUGUUGUUGUUUUUUGUCAGUUUGCGGCACAACUCCACUCAACCCCAGGAUAGUUGGAGGACAAGAUGCCCCUGCAGGCAGCUGGCCCUGGCAGGCUAGUCUGCAGAUGUCUGGAAGCCAUUUCUGUGGAGGUUCACUGAUCAACAAGGAGUGGGUUGUAUCUGCUGCUCACUGCUUUUCAAGCACCAAUCCAAGCGGGCUGACUGUCUACUUGGGUCGGCAGACCCAGCAAAGCAGCAAUCCCAACGAAGUGUCCAGAAGCCUGGACAGAAUCGUCUUGCAUCCCAAUUACGACAGCGACACCAAUGACAACGACAUAGCUAUGCUGAGACUCAGUUCUCCCGUUCAGUUUAAUAACUUCAUCAGACCGGUUUGUCUGGCAGCCAGUGGCAGUGUGUUCAACAAUGGCACAGACAGCUGGGUAACUGGAUGGGGCAACAUUGGAGAAGGUGUUGCUCUCCCAUUCCCUGAGACCCUACAGGAAGUGGAGGUUCCAGUGGUGGGUAAUAGACAGUGCAACUGCCUGAAAGGAGUUGGAACGAUCACAGAGAACAUGAUCUGUGCUGGUCUACUCGCUGGAGGAAAAGACUCAUGUCAGGUAUUGUAAUAGUUUGGUGCACAUUCAGCUGUCAUGAGACUGUAGACAUGGAUUGUGCCAAUCUUC